GUCACCUUGUGCGCCUCUCGCCCUAGGGCUCCUGCUUCCAGUCCUCGCGGAGGGAGAAGUACGGCAACGUCUUUAAGACGCACUUGCUGGGCCGGCCCCUGAUCCGGGUCACCGGGGCGGAGAACGUGCGCAAGAUCCUGAUGGGCGAGCACCACCUGGUCAGCACGGAGUGGCCCCGCAGCACCCGCAUGCUGCUGGGGCCCAACACCGUGGCCAACUCCAUCGGGGACAUCCACCGGCACAAGAGGAAGGUGUUCUCCAAAAUCUUCAGUCAUGAGGCUCUGGAGAGCUACCUUCCCAAGAUCCAGCUGGUGAUCCAGGACACGCUCCGGGUGUGGAGCAGCACCCCCGAACCCAUCAACGUCUACCACGAGACGCAGAAGCUCACCUUCCGCAUGGCCAUCCGGGUCCUGCUGGGCUUCCGCAUCCCCGACGAGGAGCUCGGCCAGCUCUUCGAGGUCUACCAGCAGUUCGUGGAGAACGUCUUCUCCCUGCCCCUGGACUUGCCUUUCAGCGGCUACAGGAGGGGGAUCAGAGCACGCGAGACCUUGCAGAAGGGGCUGGAGAAAGCCAUUCGGGAGAAACUGCAGAACACGCAGGGCAAAGACUACGCCGAUGCGCUGGAUAUCCUGAUAGAAAGUGGCAAGGAGCAUGGCAAAGAGCUGACCAUGCAGGAGCUGAAGGACGGCACCUUGGAGCUGAUCUUUGCCGCCUACGCGACCACGGCCAGUGCCAGCACCUCUCUGAUCAUGCAGCUCCUCAAACACCCCCGGGUCCUGGAGAAGCUGCGCGAGGAGUUGCGGACCAAGGGCAUCCUCCACAAUGGCUGCAUCUGCGAGGGAUCCCUCCGGCUUGACAACAUCAGCAGCCUGCAGUAUCUGGACUGCGUGAUCAAGGAGGUGCUGCGUCUCUUCACUCCCAUCUCUGGAGGGUACAGGACGGUCCUGCAAACCUUCGAGCUGGAUGGCUUUCAGAUCCCCAAAGGCUGGAGUGUCAUGUACAGCAUCCGGGACACCCAUGACACCGCCCCGGUAUUCAAGGAUGUGGACGUUUUUGACCCGGACCGUUUUGGGCAGGGUCGCACCGAAGACAAAGAUGGCAGGUUCCAUUACCUCCCCUUCGGUGGGGGCGUACGGACCUGUCUUGGCAAGCAUCUGGCCAAGCUUUUCCUCAAGGCACUAGCCAUUGAGCUGGCCAGCACAAGCCGGUUCGAGUUGGUCACCAGGACUUUCCCUAGACUCAUGCUGGUGCCUGUGGUCCACCCAGUCGAUGGACUCAAGGUGAAAUUUUUCGGACUGGAUUCCAACCAGAACGAGAUUUUGACGGAGACAGAAGCCAUGUUGGGGGCAACGGUGUAAACCAACUCCUGCUCGCACCUGCCCUC